ACCCAGCAUCAGCUGAAGCUGAAGCUCUAAGAUGCGCAUGCGCCACGAAACGGGGCCACGAACAUGGAAAAAAAAUCGAUGCCCGUCGAAUGUCAGUCGCCAGAACGGACGGACGCUAGAAGGAAGCAGCAUGUCGGAGCAGCCGGAGAUAAGCAACAGCUACGAGACGGAGUGCCAGCGGGCGGAGCUCCUUGGCCUCCAGCCGCCGGAUCGGGCCGAGUUCGAGCGGAAGCGCCAGGCGAGGCUGGAGCUCGAGCUGGCCGAACAGGAGGCCGCCGAGGCAGUGAUGCUGGAACAGCAGGACGAAACGCUGGGCGGUGUUGGCGGCAAGCUGGGCGAGCUCAACAGCAUCCUGUCCAGCACACAGCAGAAGCUAAAUCGCUUCAAGCAGACGGCCUGUGGUAGUCUGACCAAUAUAUUUUCACGAGCCAGCUCCGGGUCAGUGGAUCUAACGGCGGGUGGCUCAGGGACGGCAGGAGCAGCCAGCCAGGAGGAGCGUCCUUCGAUGCCGACGCCUCAAGUGCUGGCCGCCAAGCCACCGCCGACGGCGGCCGAGGUGAGUGCUGCCAAGGCGGCCAAACAGAAGCGAAUGGAUUCGCAGCUGGACAAGCUGGAUGCGCUGAUAAAUCAGGCGGACAACGCUCAGAUUGCCAUGAGCGAGCAGACCCAGCAGAUGCGACGGAUGGCCAAGUAAGGGGGUCGUGGUUUUCAAGUGGAUUCAAAGCCAGUCGAUCGCCGUCGCCUGAUCCUGGCCAGCCUUCUGUCCUCAGAACACAUGAGUUUCGCUUAAAACUAAACACACAAGUUGAGAAUUACACCCACAGCGCGUCUUCAAUCACAUUUGUCGAGGGUACAGGACAUAUAUAGCUCUCUCUAACUGUCCUCCCUCACACUCAUCCCGUUGACUUUAUCUAAUAUAUAGUUAUUAUAGAUAUAUACAUAUACAUAUAUAUGUGCAGUUUAUGAUUAACAUUCGAGUUUUCAAAAGUAACCCGCUAUUAAAUAAGAUUUCCCUCCGCGUUGUCCUCGUUUAGAAUUACAUUGCAACUGAAUUGAACUCGAAAAUGUUUGACAAUAAUGUUCUUCCGUUUAAAUAACUAAUUAUUCUUGAUUCUUCUUCGUAUCAACUAAUUUAAAUAUGUUUUUCUUUACAUUUUUAUAUUAAUAUUAGUUAUUUUAAUUCCUACUUAGGAAAGCUCCUUAUUUUUCGUUCUUUCAAACUUUAACACUUCAAAUGUU